AUGAACAGACUCAACAAGUUGGACGAGUCCACCGCUUUCCACUAUGCCAGUGUCCUCAAAACAAACAUUUUAGGCAAAGAUAAGCAAGAGAAGGUCAACUCCAUAGUUGUGCUAGCAAAGCUUUUGGACUGUAUUGGACCAGAGUCGGCAUCGGACGAUUUUGCCCAGAUAUUGGACCACGAAUUGAUCUCAACUCUUCUUUCCAUCAUCAGCAUCAACAUGUCCUCGGAGACUUAUAAGGCGAUUUUGAAAAUUGCAGUGAUUGAUAUUUGUGGAUCUGUUUUCAAGCUCAAGGACAACUCUAUUACAAAAUACUUGCCAUUGUAUGAGUCGUUGAUUGAGUACCUUGAUGUUAUUGACAUUAUCACCUCAAAGUUGUACUUGCAGGAUACAAAGAUUAUUUUCAACUCGAUAAAAUUGGUUACUGAACUUAUUAAUAAAGCACUCAAGUUUGACUAUUCUGGGAUCAUUACCUUGACUGGAAGAUUGAAGCAUGUUUUGUUCUUUAGCACGAUUGACCAUUUGACUGAAGGAAGCGAAGAGAAGAGUAUUUGUGAGGGUGUUGAACAUUUAAAAGUAUCAUACCGUAAGUUGAACCAAUACUUGAAUGCAAUCAAGUUUGAUCUUUCGUUAAAGCCGCACCAAACAAUGUUGAACAACUUGUUUAUGUUUCUUGAAGUGUCAUUGAACGAGUAUGGGACUCCCGCCACAACCAAGGAGUAUGUUAAAGCGGGCUUUAGUGAUAACCCUAGACAAUACGUUGUUGAUAAUUUUUCGAUAUUGCUAGCGAUGGACUUGAAAAUCUUUUUGAAGGAUCCCAAUUUCACUUUUAAAAAGAGAUUCCAUGAAGAGUUGAUGAUGAGUAACCAUUUGCGUACAUUUCCACUUUCUUUGUUUAUUGAACGGUGCUCGAAGAUGUGGGUCAAGAUCUUUGAAAACAAGGCUAACUAUCCAGUGUUGAGUUAUGAAUUUCUCAUCUACAAUUCAAUGAAUAUAUGUCUUAAUUUGUGGCAAGAAACCAAGGCACAGAUCCACAGCAAGACGGAUAUCGACAAGAUAUUCCAGUUGCUUUACUCGAAUAUUGAAGAUUACGAUGCCGACUUGGCGCAGGGCAAGAGCGUUGAAGAGUGUUUGGAUGAGACUUCGACGAAACACAGUUCAGAUAUGAGACAUGUGCAAGCACUGCAGAUUCUUGAAAAAUUUGAAGAGAGAUGGCUGGCUAGGUUCCAAGAGUUCAACAAGGAGUUAACGGAACAAGUGUGGAAGUUUGUCGAGGAGCAAAGAGUUGUUCAACUUUUGAAAGGCUCGUGGGUGUUUACCGAGAGGUUUGGAGAGUCCUUGUUCAAUGCCAGCAUUAAGCCGGAUCCUAAUUCCAAAUACUACUACAUUGCGUUGUCGCCAAAUAGAAAAUCAAUUUAUUGCAAGCUGUACCUCGAGAAGCCCGAGGUUAAUCCAAACUAUGAAGAAUUGGAAAAGAGUGGCAUUGUUGAUUUGAAGGAUGUUGUUGAUAUCAGGUCGGCUGUGAUUGGUGACUCAUUGGGUGAAGCAGACAAGAGUAAAAGUUCGAAAUUGAUUUCGAUUAGAGGAACCAUUUCUUAUGAGAAAAUCACAUUAGUAGGUGCCAAGGAAAAGAAAUUGUUAUCCUUUUACACCGACUCCGAUGUCAACAGAUAUGUGUGGCUAGAUGGGAUAAAGAUGUUGAGGAAGUUGAAGAACUUGUCGCAGGAUACACAGACACAGAUGCAAUCGUUGAUGGAAAUGCGAAGAACAACGCAGCUAUUAGGGUUGGGCAGAAAUGGCGGUAGUAUCAAUAACGGUAAGAGUAAUGGUAAUGGCAAUAGUAAUAAAUCCGAUAGUGAUGAUCUUGAAACGAUGGUGGGAGGAUCAGCACUGCUGGAAGAGGACAACGUCUAUGGUAUAAAUGAUGAAGAUGAUGAAGAUGAGUUUUUGGAUUUGGACGAGUUAAACGCAGUUUGUACAGAUUUUUAUUACCAGUAA